CGUUCGGUACCCGGCAGUCGCGUGUUAGGGUCCGUUCGUGACGUGUUUUGGCAUUUGCGUUACCGUUGGUCCGUGGAAAAAUUGCUAUUAUGUCUACUGAUAAUUUGUCCACUGGGUUCUUAAUUGAACAAAUGCAAAAAUAAGCUAAGACGAGCAGGUAAUAUGUAUCGACGACACGAGUCGCUGAUCAGUCAGGUGACCAAAACGGCAGAUGACGUACCUAUGAUCGUGACUAGAUUGGCGAGCACGGAAAAGAACGACAUUGAUUACUAUCCCUUUUCACAAGUACUGCGAAUACGUGUCCUACAGAUCGUUUGUGGCAUACUUGCAGUCGUCAUGGGCAGCGUGGCUUGCAUAGAAGAGAAAGGUUCGUUUGGCAACCUCGGGCUGGGCAUACCGACCGGACUCAGUACCGUACUCGCUGCAGCAUCCAGCAUCCACACCAGCCGUCUGUUCAGCGGGUACCGGGACACGCUGAUGUCGUCGUCGUCCGGCCGUCCGAGAGUGUCCGUGCUCCGCCUUUUGGGGCCCACCACGCAAUCGGCGAUCGCUGUCGGCAUUUUCUGGCUGCUCGCCCUCGCGCUCAACGCCGUCAUGUUCGCGCGUGCCGGACGUACGCUUUUCAACUACGACGGUUCGACCAGCUCUAACCCGACGUUGUUUUGGAUGGCCAUCGUUCAUUUAACGUUGACGUCUCUCGUCCUGUUCGCGGUGGGCGCGAUCGCUUGGCUGGACUGCCGUCACGACCCAGACUGACAAGAGCUGUACACGGGCCAUCGUCCAGCCGAGCCACAGAUGAUGUCCCGGCCGACGACCAGCAGCUCCGUGACCAUCAGCAUGACGACGUUCACGCCCGACCCGCAGUCGUCGUCCGUCGGCCAUCGGCUCACGCCCGGUCCCAGCCUGUUGGUCAGAUCCUGUUAGCGCGGCGACGGCACUCGACCCCCGAAUCCUGUUUUCCGGAUACGAUCGCGGCGACGACGGUUGUAAUAUAUAGUGAUAAUAUUAUUAUUAUGUGUCCACCGUCAUUACUACCGCGGAACGACCGUCCGAUACAAAAACGAAUAAAUUUUGUCGUUUUUUUUUCUUUCCUUUUUUAACGUGUUUUUUUUUGUUAGCUACUGUUUUAUUGUUUCGACAACGCGCGCCGUCAUUAUACGACCGUCAUGCGAAACGAUCGGAUAUACCCAAACGUUGUGGACACGAAUUCCCCAUAAAUUAAAUUAGAUUACAUUUUUAAAAAAAAUGUUAGAAAAAAGUCUGAAUUAGAUUAAAAACGAGAAGACACUCAUGACUGCAAACGGGUUUUCUGAGUUACUCGCGUGUACAGUAAUUGUUUAAGUGUUAUUUUGAUUUAUAUCGAAAAUUGUGUCGAAAUAAAUUUUCAUGUUCAGAUUUUAUAUUAACAAUUAAGAGUAAGACAAUGUAUACAUGUAUUAUUUUUAGAAGAGCUAUUUUUACUGUAUGAAAAUUAUUUCAAAAUAUGAAAGUGAGCGAACCCAUUUUCCAGAAAUUAUUAUUUUUAACAUUUAAACCAAACCCUAUAAUAUUAGUUAACAAUCGAAAUUAAAUCAAAUUACAUACUUUUUCGUCAUUUGAUUUAUUUAUUAUUAUACAAAUUUUUGUAUAUUUCAUUGUUUUACAUAACUUUCUAUUUUAAAAGAUAUUUAAUAUGGUUUAUAAAUUUAAAUAGAUAAAGCAAUUUUUAAAAAAAUGUUUACAUUGCGCAAGCUAUUUCUAAUGAAUUUAACAAGCAAUAUUAACUUUCAGUCGUUGUCUUAUUACAAGUAAUCACCUAUUACAAUUAUUACAUAAUUAUAUAACAUUGAACUAUUUUUCUAAAAAAUACUACAAGGAAUAACGAUUAAUAAUAAAAAGUAUAAAUCAAUAACUAAUAGUCAAUAAAACUAAGAACUUAUAAUUAAUUUUCAAAAAAUAAAAUGUAUAAUAUUUUCAAAUUGAUAUAGUUGCAAGUUAUUAAAUACAACAAUAAUAAAAAAAAACUUCCAUUGUAUUUGUAUGGAAUAUUUAAAAUCAUAUUAAAUAUUUUUUAAUAUAAAAAUUGAGUUUAUCAAAUUAAAAGCUGCGUUUCUUUGAAGUAUUAUUUUCAUUUUAAACGACUACUGUUCAUAAUUGAUUUUGAAUUUCAAUGUAUUCAAAUUCGUCAUACAUAAAAUCAAUUAAAUUUCUUUGUAUGACCAAAUUAAAUUAGACAGCAUAAUGCAUAUACAUUUAUAACUUUUUAGAUUAAUUUGUGACACUUUUUUCGCUCAAUACUUUUAUUAGGAGGUAUUUGUUUAUACCUAUUAUAAAUUGUUGGUUAUAUUAUUACCAACUAACCAACUUAACAUGUUUUAUUAAUUAUCUGCCUAAACUAUAUUCACAUCGCGUUACCUGUAUCACUAUAAUUGGUAUAAUAAUUUAAGGAGACACUUCAGUAUAAUAAUAUGCCUUAUUUAAAUAAAAGUCAUUAAUAUGUAUUAUGCAAUUAUAAUAAUAUGUAAAAUAUAAAAUCAAUUUCAAUGUUUAACAUUGACAAAUUAUUACUGAUGUGUCGAAUCGUUAAUCAUAAUAUUAGUUUAGAAAUAAUUUGACAAGUUUAUUUGUAAUUUAUUGAAUCUAUGAAUUUAUGUAUAAUAUUGAAUACAUAAUAUUAUGUAAACAUUAUAAAAUAUAAUUUUAUGGUGGCAACGUUGUUAAUUUGUAUGAUUUAGACUAAAUGCUAUUUUUUACAAAAUACAAUUUUGUUUUUACUUUUCACACAUAUAUUCUGCUUUAGUGCCUUUUUAACAAAACAGCUGUGUAUAAGAUAUUGAAUAAAUUGUGUAAGUACUCUUA